GAGAUAGAGAGAGAAAGAGAGAUGGGUUCUACUGGUGUAGAUGACAAACCUCAUGCUGUGUUUAUGCCAUUCCCAGUUCAAGGUCACAUAAACGCAAUGAUGAGACUAGCAAAAGUCCUUCACUACAGAGGCUUCCACGUAACUUUUGUCCUCACGGACUACAACCACAAGCGCUUGAUCAAGUCCAGAGGCCCGAACUCCUGCGACGGCUUGCCGGACUUUUGUUUCGAGACCAUCCCUGAUGGACUCCCUCCUUCCGAUUAUGCCGACGCCACCCAAGACAUCCAGUCUCUCUGUGUAUCCAUACCAAAGACUUGCCUGCUACCUUUCUGUAUCCUACUUUCAAAGCUUAACGGCUCAUCUUCGUCCAAUGUCCCGCCGGUGACUUGUAUAGUCGGCGACGGUUGCAUGACCUUCACCCUCAAAGCUGCUGAAGAGUUUGGAAUCCCUGGAGUAAUAUUCUGGUCGACAAGCGCUUGUGGGGUCAUGGGUUUUAAACACUUCAUUCAUCUGGUGGAAAGAGGACUCAUACCACUCAAAGAUGAGAGCUAUUUAACAAAUGGAUAUCUGGAUACAACUAUAGAUUGGAUACCGGGAAUGAAAAACAUUCGAUUGAGAGAUAUUCCAAGUUUCAUCAGAACAACAGAUUCAAAAGACAUCAUACUCAACUUCCUCAUCAAGGAAUUAGAGGCCCUUGACAAAGCUUCUGCUAUCAUUAUCAACACUUUCGACGCCUUGGAACAAGAAGUACUGGACGCUCUCUCGGCCAUGUAUCCUCGUGUAUACAGCGUCGGUCCUCUCCAUUCAAUGGUCAAUCAGAUAUCGGACCAAACCAUGAGAUCUAUUGGCUCCAAUCUUUGGAAAGAAGAACUUGAGUGCAUAAAAUGGCUCGACUCGAAACAAACAAACUCAGUGGUGUAUGUAAAUUUUGGAAGCAUCGCUGUCAUGACACCGCAUCAACUCACAGAGUUUGCAUGGGGACUUGCUAAUAGCCAAAAACCAUUCUUGUGGAUAACAAGGCCUGACUUAGUAACAGGUGAGAAUGCGAUUUUGCCAGCUUUGUUCUUGCAUGACACUAAAGAGAGAGGCAUGUUGGCAAGUUGGUGUCCCCAAGAGCAAGUCCUUAACCACGCGUCAGUCGGAGGGUUCUUGACACACAGCGGGUGGAACUCAACGAUUGAAAGCAUAUCCGGUGGGGUGCCGGUGAUCUGCUGGCCGUUCUUCGCCGAGCAGCAGACUAAUUGUCGGUACAGUUGCGUGGAAUGGGGCAUAGGCAUGGAGAUAGAUAGUGAUGUGAAGAGAGAGGAAGUGGAGAAGCUUGUGAGGGAGUUGAUGGAGGGAGGGAGGGGAAAAGAGAUGAAAGAGAUGACAAUGGAGUGGAAGAGGAAAGCCGAAGUGGCCAUUGGACCUGGUGGUUCUUCUCAACUUCACUUGGACAAAUUGGUUAAUGAGGUUCUCUUGUCAAAGUGAUUGAAAGAAGUUACUUUCUAUCUAGUUUGAAUAUGUGUACUGUAUUUUGUUUAUUUCUCAAUCCUUUUAAUUUUGUGUUAUAUUUGGAAGCAUUUGUACA